CAAGCGCGGCCCCGCCCACUGCUCCCGCGUGACCCGACGUGCCGGGCGCGCACUCCGCGGCCCCUGCCAUGGCUGGUUAAAGCCGAGGGGCUCCAGGAGGCGAUGUUUCGGGCUGCGCAGAGGGUGGGGCGUGACUUUCCAGCUGAGCGGGCGGCUCCUCCACAGGCCCGCCCCUGUCGGCCGUUGCCUCGGCGCGCCAAAAUCAAAUCGGGAGAACAACCGGUGGGAGAACCUACAUCGGGUCGGAGUCCAACCUGCAGAUCAGGGUACGUUCGGCAACAGCGGCGGUCCGGACAGCUGCGGCCACCCCUAGCCCUCCCGGAGCAACGCACUCGGGGCCACCACUAGACCAGGAAUGGCCACCCCACCCAAGAGGAGCUGCCCAUCUCCCGCGACCAGCUCUGAGGGCACCCGCAUCAAGAAAAUUUCUAUCGAAGGGAACAUCGCUGCAGGGAAGUCAACAUUUGUGAAUAUUCUUAAGCAAGUCUGCGAGGAUUGGGAAGUGGUUCCUGAACCUGUUGUUCAAUGGUGCAAUGUUCAAAAUACUCAAGAUGAAUUUCAGGAACUGACACCAUCUCAGAAAAGUGGUGGGAAUGUUCUUCAGAUGAUGUAUGAGAAACCUGAACGAUGGUCUUUUACCUUCCAGUCAUAUGCCUGCCUCAGUCGCAUACGAGCUCAGCUUGCCUCUCUCAAUGGCAAGCUCAAAGAUGCAGAGAAACCGGUAUUAUUUUUUGAGCGAUCUGUGUAUAGCGACAGGUAUAUUUUUGCAUCUAAUUUGUAUGAAUCUGACUGCAUGAAUGAAACUGAGUGGACAAUUUAUCAAGACUGGCAUGACUGGAUGAACAACCAGUUUGGCCAAAGCCUUGAACUGGAUGGAAUCAUUUAUCUUCGAGCCACUCCAGAGAAAUGCUUGAGUAGAAUAUAUUUACGGGGAAGAGAUGAAGAACAAGGCAUUCCUCUUGAAUAUUUAGAGAAGCUUCACUAUAAGCAUGAAAGCUGGCUCCUGAAUAGAACACUGAGAACCAACUUUAAUUAUCUACAAGAAGUGCCUAUAUUAACACUGGAUGUAAAUGAAGACUUUAAAGACAAACACCACAGUCUGGUUGAAAGGGUCAAAGAAUUUCUGAGCACUUUGUGAUUUUGCUGAAGAUUACAGGCAGUGAAAAGUCUUUCCCCUCUGUUAUCCUCAGCAGACUGCCUGUUUUUCCUGGUGCUUCUUAUCUUACUGGUGACCAGUAUCUUAACUGGAAACUUUAAUGUUGCAUAGUAAAUGAUAAUGUGUCCUGUGUAAAUAAGUGCAGAAAGUUGAGAGUGGAAUUUAAGGAUUCUAUAGAAAAGGGAUUAAGAAGAUUUAGGUACUUUUGCUCAAGUGCCUUCCCUUCCACCUUAAUUUAUGUAGCAGAUAAGACCAGGUUUAGUAUUUAAUCACUUCACUGAUAACUAGUGUGUCUGUGACACAUUAUAUAGGAGCAGGUUAGACUUUGUUCCCAGUUUGUAAUGAUAUAACAUACCAUAAGUCAUUUAAUCUUUUUCUUGCCUUUGUUUUUACACCUGUGCUAUGAGUGAGACUUCAUCUUUUUGCAUGGGAUUUUGGAUAUUUAAAGAGGAAGUGUUUCUGUACUUAAAAGAUAACUGAAAGUUACAUGAAUAAAAGAUUUAAUUUAUA